UUUACCAUCUAUUAUUGAAACACUUGCCGAACGAACAUCCCACGAUAUCAAUUUAUUGUCAAAUAACGAAUGUGCGGAAAGGUGCAAAUCAUCACCUGCAGAAUCAGCAAACCGUUUAGAUCUGAGUACUAUACGUCUAAUUGGAUCUAGUGAUAACACUAAGAUGUUUGUGCAAACGUCUGACCAGAAAGGAAAAAAACUGUGCUGCCCCUUCUGCUGGAAACUCGUUUGCAAAUUGUCACGACACGUAACAACAAUUCACAAAGACGAGGAACAAGUUCAAAAGUUGGUUGCUAUCCCGCAAGGUGGAGAGUUUAAUAAAGAGAGGUGGAACAUACAGAAUGCAAUUCAAACAGCUGGACUUUUGAGGUGGAAUACUGACCGAACCAUAAAUACGUCUGGAAUUCUGAUUGUUCCCCGUCGGCCACAUCCCAGCCUGAACAGAAUGGCGACCGAUUUCUUGAUAUGUCCGAAUUGUACCAGUUUUCACUCGAUCACCAACCUCAGAAACCACUUCACGCGUUGCACAAAUGGUAAAAUGAAAGGAACACGAAACAUAAAGAUACUCGCAAGAGCAGUCGAAGGACGCUUGAGUAAUGAAGCUAGUGAACAACUAAAAGAAGUAAUUCCCGUAAUGAAAGAGGACGAAAUCGUCCGUUUGAUUCGCUAUGAUUGGCUUUUGAUCGCGUAUGGGAACAUAUUGUGUAUGAAAUACAGCUUCCAUUUCCAACAAAACAUGAUAAGAGCGAAGUUACGAUUGGCUGGCCGUGUGCUACAUGCAUUUAAAAAGAUCAACCCCGAAGUGACUAAUUUCGCAUCAAUAUUUUAUCCAAAACAUUACAAAACAUUGAUCGAAGCGAUUAACGCUGUCGGUAAAUUUAAUCCAGCUACGAAUGAAUUCGGCGCCCCUGCGACCAGUGCGAGUGCCAUCACGUCAGUAAAGCAAAUUGGCUCCGUUCUCAAAUGCGAGUACAUUCAACGUGAGAAGUCCGAACAUGUGAAAAGGACUGACGAUUUUCUGUUCCUGAUGGAAUCCCAAUACACUUCAAUCAUUAACAAACGAGUCAAAGAGAGUCAAUUGGUGAAAAAACGUAUGAAAGACCAUAAAAUACCAUCGAACGAAGAUGUGCGUCUCUUCUCCUUGUAUGUGAAUCGUGAGAGAGAAAAAUACCUAAAAGAGCUAUCUGCAAAUUAUUCCCUGAAAAAUUGGGUUAAGCUAUCGGAGUUGACAAUAGCCUCCAUUAUAGUGUUCAAUAGACGCAGAACAGGUGAAUCACAGAACAUUCACGUGUGUGACUUCAAUCAUUGUGAAUCAGUCAACGAAACAUCGAACGAAGCAUUAUUUACAUCUUUAUCGGAGAAAGCGAAGGAAGUAGUUAGACUUUUCAGCCGGAUGAAAGUACGUGGGAAAAAAGGCGUUAUCAAUGUGAGCGUUUUAUUGCAAGCCGAUGUCACAUCUUGCAUUAAACUGCUGUUGUCCCACCGUCUGGAAGCUGGAAUUCCAUCGCAUAAUCCGUAUUUGUUUGCAUUACCAUCUCCUCCAGGCGAAAAGAGAAUAAGAGUCAUCAAUUCAUGCAAAGUGCUAGCAACGCUGUCAACAUUGUGUGGCGCCAAAGAUCCGUCAACUUUGAGAGGAACCAAUCUACGAAAACAUUUUGCGACCGCGUGCAUGGCUAAGGAGCUUAACGAUGACAUGGUGGGCGAGGUUGCUAAAUUCAUGGGCCAUCGUGAAUCCGUUCAUCGUGAAAAUUACCGACACAAUACAGUCGAUCGGGAAAUUGUCAAGAUAGUCGAGCUCCUUUUGGCAGCACAAGGAAAUGUGCAAGACGAGGAUGAUGUUAGUGACAGCGAUUCUGACAGUGAAAGUGAAGAUAUAACUAUGCUUAAUCCAGCUCUUCGUGUCGUUCCGAAGAAGCGUGGGAGUGCAAAUAAGAACAAAAUUGCUGUAACACCAUCAAGUCUAAAACGGAAAGUAAACGAAAAAGUCCAGCCUCGAAAAUUGUUAGUCAAUGGUUCUAAGUCGGCCCGUCAGAUCGGUCAAAAACGCAUGGGAUCGGAAGGAGGAGAAAAAGCGGGCGGGAAACGUAUAAAAAAGGAAGGAAAGGAGCGCUCUACAAAAAACUCAGUCGGAUCCGCAAUAUCCGCGCUUUCAGCCCGUCAAAAAUGCAUGAGAACUGAAGGAGCCAAACAACCUGAAAAAUCCGUACGAAAACGCGUGAAAGUCAAAGGAAAAGAACGACCUGAAAAGAAAUCCGGAGCCGGUAGAAAAAUCAAUACGAACACUUCCUUCCAGAUUUCGACUACCGACAAGAGUUCGGCAAACCACUAAAAUUCAAGAGAUUCGAACCACAAAUAAAUUGAUUAAAAUUAUGCCUCUUGUUUUGUAAAUUGUAAGUUCUGAGAAAC